AUGGGCCAGCUGCUCCUGCUGCUGCUGCUCCUGCUGCCGCUGCCGGGCCUGGAGGCCCAGAGGAAGAAGACCGUGCGGGUCUUCAUCGUGCCGCACAGCCACAUGGACGUGGCCUGGAGCCAUCCUGCCCAGGAUGACAUGGCGACCUACCUGGACAUCUACUCCUCCGCAGUGACGGCGCUGAUGCAGGCACCAGAACGCAGGUUCAUUGUGGCCGAGCAGGAGUACUUCCGGCUGUGGUGGGAUAAUGUUGCCACAGCAAAGGAGAAAGACCAGGUCCGUCAGCUCCUGAACCAAGGACGCCUGGAGUUUGUCACAGGCGGCCAGGUGAUGCAUGACGAGGCAGUGACACACGUGGAUGACCAGAUCCUACAGCUCACAGAAGGACACGCGUUUCUCUACGAGGCGCUCGGCAUCCGGCCGCAGUCCUCCUGGCAGAUCGACCCCUAUGGCGCCUCAGCCACCACCCCCACCCUCUUUGCGCUGGCGGGCUUCCAGGCCCAUGUCAUCUCCCGCAUCAACUACAAGCUGAAGCUGGACAUGCAGAAGGCCCAGAGUCUGCAGUUCGUAUGGCGAGGGUCCCGCUCCCUGUUGGAGACGCAGCAGGAAAUCUUCACGCACGUGAUGGACAAGCGCAGCUUCUGCACGAUGUCUCAGUGGAAUGAGUCUGUGCUCUUCCCAGAUGUCCCCUCACUCGACAACUUGCUGUACCCUGAAAUCGACAUUCCCCUCACUUCAGAAGACCUUAAGCCCAUGGCUGAAAAACUGGUGAAGGAUAUGAAAGAGCGAGUGGAUGGGUACCAGACACAGCACUUCCUCUGGUCCUGGGGAUGUGACCGGAAGUUCUUCGACACCUUACAGCAGUUCGACAACAUGGACCUUAUAAUAAGCCACAUUAACCAGAGGGCCUCGGAGCUCGGAGUCUCAGUGGAGUAUGCCACUCUGGAAGAGUAUUUCCGGGCCCUGCACGAGCUCCGUGUCACCUGGGCGGUCCGUGACCACCGCGACUUCCUGCCGUAUUCCUCAGGGAAGUUUCAGGCCUGGACAGGCUUCUACGCCUCCCGCAGUGGGCUCAAGGCCCUGGCCAGGCGGGCUAGCGCCCUGCUGUACGCUGCGGAGUCCAUGUUCGUGCGGCACCUGUGGCCGGAGCACGACUCGACUGUGAACGCCUCCUGGGCCCUGCAGCAGCUGCAGCAGCUCCGCUGGGCCGUGUCCGAGGUCCAGCAUCACAAUGCAAUCACUGGCACAGAGACUCCCAAGGUGAGAGACAUAUACGUGGACCACCUGACUGAAGGCAUGGAGAAUGUACAGGAUGUGAUGCUCUCUAUCAUCAAGGACAGGGGGCAGGCCAGCAAAGGUCCGGAAAUCGCUGGCCACCUUGUGGUGAUCUACAACCCCCUGGCCUGGAACGUCACCACCAUCAUCACCCUCACCGUGGCCUACCCCCACUUCAGCCUCACAGACGACUCAGGAAAUCUUGUGCCGGCCCAGAUGCAAAGAUCCAAGAGCCCGUCCCUCUAUGACGUCCACUUGCUGAUCACAAUCCCUGGCCUGAGCUAUCAGCACUACAGCAUCAGAUGCAUGCAGAAGAGCUCCAACACCAUGGUCACCCCCAAGCGUUACGGCCGCAAGAAGAGGACAUCCAAAGGGUCCAGCGACAAGAACCUGGUGUCGGUGCAGAAUGACUGCUACACCGUGUUCCUGGACCUGGAUACCAACUUGAUGUACAGCAUCUGGGAGAGAGAGGGGAAUAGCACGGUGCGCAUGACACAGGAUUUCCUGGAGUACCGAGUCAAUCGGCACACACAGAAGAACCUCUUUUCCGAUAACUUCAUGUUCACACCCGUUGGCCCCGCUCAGCGGGCCUGGGACUCUGUGGCACUGGCGAUUGUGCCAGGGAAGCUCCUGACUGAGAUCCGGCAGUACUUCUACAGUGGGGCAGACAAGACCCCCACCUACAUCCUCUACUCGCGAGUAGCCCACGUGUCUCCCGUCUCCAGCGGGGCACUGCUGUGCCACCGCUUGGAGCAGGAGCUCCAGGUAGGACCCCUUAAGGUCAACCGUGAGGCCAUCCUGAGGACCAGCACUGGACUGGACACACAGAAGACCCUCUACUCAGACAAUAAUGGCUACCAGAUGCAGCAGAGGACCUUCCAGGAGCCCAGGGAGAACGUCAGGGCCCAGAAUUACUACCCCAUGGUGCAGUCGGCCUUCAUUCAGGAUGACUGCAACCGGCUGUUGGUGCUGUCCGAUCAGGCACACGGCGUGUCCAGCCAGGACAACGGGCAGGUCGAGGUCAUGCUGCAUCGGCGCCUGCACAACACUAACCACUGGAUGCAUUCAUUCAACCUCACACUGAACGACGACUCGGUGGUCAACCCUGUGUUCUGGCUCCUGCUGGGCCCCCUGCCGCUGACCACAGCCCUGCACCAUCAGAGCGGGCUGGCACUGCAGCACAGGCCCGUCAUGCUGCUGAGAGAAUUGAGGGGUGGUAAGUGGGGUCCGGACCCCCGGCACCGGCGCGCCGUGACGCUGCCCCCGACCCUCCACCUGCAGCUCCUGAGCAUCCCGGGCUGGAACUUCAGCUCCAACCACACCGAGCACCUGCGGAACCUGCAGGAAGGUCGCCAGGCCCAAGUCAAGGCAGACCUCCGCCGCGUCCUGCUGCGGCUCCAGCACCUGUAUGAGGUUGGGGAGGACCCGGUGUUGUCUCAGCCAGCGACGGUGAACCUGAAGGUCCUGCUGCGAGGGCUGGGCACGGUGCAGACGGUGGAGGAGCGCUCCCUCACGGGCACCUGGGCCGCGGGCUCCCUGCAGCGCUGGAGGUGGAAGCUGCAGGACACACACCGGGAGAGAGACAACUCCAGGGCCCUCUUGCAGCCAGCCGGAGACUUCGAGUUCACCAUCUACCCCAAGGAAAUCCGAACCUUCUUUGUCCACUUCCAGAGGGAAUGAGCCUGUGGACGCUCCUCUUGCCU